AUGGUGUCACCGCCGCUCGAAGUGCCGACAUGGGCGGUUGCGAUCGCCGGAAUCUUUGUUGUCGUCGUCAUUGUCACGGUUUUCAAGGUGAGCACAGAAGCGAGUUUUGAAACGUUUUGAGUGAGCGCUCCAUGUCACAAGUACUUUGAGUUUUUUGCAGUCUUUGAAAGUUAGGGCAUGUUUCCAAUUUGGUUGUACAAAACUACACUGCUAGUCAUGAACUUUAAUUGUGUAGUUGGCGUCUUGUCUCUAAAACCGCUCGUUUUCUUGCAGGACCAUCUCUUCUCGUUCGACCUCGACAAGGCGAUCAAACGCCAACGCGAAUCGCUGAUCGGACCCAUUUCCUGCUUUCCGAGGACGGUCAACGAGGAUCUGGAAAACAACGAGUCGGACUACUCGUUCGUCGUCACUCCGCACUGCGCCUACACGAUUGGCAACGCGAAGAGUUGGCGCAUCGAGCCGCUCGAGCACGACGGAAUCAAGACGGUCCUUGCGUCGGACGACGCCAACUAUCAGAUCCCUCCGGGGACGCGGACAGUGUCCUACGCCUUUGAAGGCUUCCGUUACGGCGAUCAUUGUCUCGACUUCCGACCGGACUACGAGCCGGACUCGCGAAGUUUCUGCAAGUACCAGAUGAUGUGCAACCGCGUGCAGGCCGUCUAUUUCUGGGAGCACGGGCACAUGCGGCUCGCCGGAAUUUGCAUUUAUCUGGGCUUUAGUCAUGCGCUCGUGUGGAAGGAUGAGGAGGAAUUGGGACUCGAGCGCGAGUACAACGUGUUCGCAUUUUACGAUGUGAUCCGCGAGAAGCGAAAGGAGGAGGUGGAGCAGCGGAAGAAGAAGGAGAAGGAGGAGGAGAAGCGGAAGCGGAUGGCCGAGGAGGAACCCGCCAACGAGUUCACCUCUUCCGCCCACUCGCACCUCCGGCUGUGCACCGAACACGACGGACGGACCGUCGUGCUCGCGUGCAAUGCGGAGGGCAAAAACGAAAAGUACGCGUUCAACGAGAAGGAGAAGCGGUACGAGUACGUGGAAAUGGAGGAGGAGGGCGCAGACGAGAAAACGAGGAUGAUUCGGACGAAGAAACAGGACAACUACUUGUUGAGGGCUCUUUGA